GUCCUUCCCCCGCGCCCCGCGGCCGCAGCGCCGCCGUUCCGGGCGGCCUCGCGGCGGGAGCGAUCCCAACUCUCCCGGUUUCCAUCGCUAUUCCAUCGCUGUUCCAUCGCUAUUCCAUCGCUAUUCCACUCCCGGGGUGGCCCCGGGCACUGAGGGCGCUGCCGGCGGCUGCUGCCCCCGGUCUGGCCCCGCCGCCGCGCCGGGGCCGCGGGGUUUGUCAGCCCGAUCUCCGGUACCUCCUUCUCUCCUCUUCACUCCCCUCACAGCCUUUUUUUCCUUUUAAAACAUUUAGGAGCACAGAGAAGCGUCUCUUCUUUUUGCCCCGCGGGUCGCUGUUGUUUGAUGGUGCGUUGUUUUGUUGUUUUUGCCCUCGCUGUAAGGCUGCGAUUUCAGUGCAGACCGUGAUCCGUCGCCAUGAGUUUCCUGCUGCCCAAACUGACCUGCAAGAGGGAGGUGGAUCAGGCAAUAAAAAGCGUCGCUGAGAAGGUUUUGGUUCUCCGUUUUGGAAGAGAUAAUGAUGCUGUUUGUCUGCAGCUCGAUGAUAUUCUUGCAAAAACAGCUCAUGACCUCAGUAAAAUGGCAGUCAUUUACCUGGUGGAUGUGAACGACGUCCCAGUGUACACCCAGUACUUUGACAUCAGUUAUAUUCCAUCUACUGUAUUUUUCUUCAAUGGACAACACAUGAAGGUUGAUUAUGGGUCUCCAGAUCACACCAAAUUUGUGGGAAGCUUCAAAACGAAGCAAGACUUUAUAGAUCUGAUUGAAGUGAUCUACCGCGGAGCAAUGCGGGGAAAGCUUAUUGUGAGAAGUCCUAUUGAUCCCAAGAACAUUCCCAAAUACGACCUUCUCUACCAAGGCAUUUAAUGGGUGUACCUGAGAUAAGAAUUACACAAAUGGACGAUGUUGCAGAUCUCUUUUUCCUUUGAGCGCUGUUGGCCUCCCCUGACGUUGUGGGACAGUUUGAGCAUUUAUCCUGAAGGAUCAUAUUGGUCUCCUUCUGAAGACAGAUAUUCUGUCACCUCAUGCUGCUCUCAUAAAUGUUCAUGCAUAGAGUUCACAAAGGUUCUUGGAGCUGUGUGCUGUGUGCAUCUAGGGCUGUGGCAUCUUCUCCAGGGAACCGAGGCACUCUGGUAGUUGUCUGACAUUAAUAAAAAAAGCUGUGCUUGCUCUCAA